AGCCCCCUAGGUGCCUCUGUUUGUUUCAGGAUAAAGGCAAUUGUCUUAAAAAAAAAAAGAGAGGGAAGAGUUCUCAAAUGCUGUGUCAAUUCAGGAACUCAGUAGAACAAUGGAAUACCAUUCUGGGGUAGAAAAUUUGGAUGAAGAUGGUUAUACUCAAUUAGACUUCCACUCUCGAGGCAUCACUGGGCGACCUGUGGUCUUAGAAAAAGUAACUUGUGCUACCUCUCCUCGUUGGCGUCCCAUUGCUGUGACUUUGGGAAUUCUAUGCUUGCUAAUGCUGGUGAUAGCUGUGAUACUGGGUACCACAGCUUUUUGGAGAUUCAAUUCAGGCAGCAACCCAUUGAAGAAUGACAACUUUCCAUCAAGAAAUAAAGAGAACCACAGUCAACCCACACAGUCAUCUUUAGAAGACCAUGUGGCUCCUACCAAGGCUCUCACAACCACAGGAGCUUUUUCCAGCUCUUGUCCUCCUAAUUGGAUCACACAUAAGAACAACUGUUACCUAUUUAGCACAUCAUUAGCUUCCUGGAAUAGAAGUAAAAGACAAUGCUCUCAACUGCACUCUAAUCUCCUGAAGAUAGACACUGCAGAAGAACUGGAAUUUAUAGUAAGACAAGUGUCUUCUCAACCUGAUAAUUCAUUCUGGAUAGGACUUUCUCGCCAUCAGACCGAAGGACCAUUGCUGUGGGAGGAUGGCUCAGUGUUCUCAUCUAACUUAUUUCAAAUCAGAAGCACAGACACCCAAGAAAACUCAUCUCACAAUUGUGUGUGGAUCCACCUGUCAAUAAUUUAUGACCAACUUUGUAGUGUGCCCUCAUAUAGUAUUUGUGAGAAGAAAAUGUCAUAGAAUGAUGAAGUGUCGGUGUGAAAGAGCAGAGAGAAGUACGUAAAACAGUAAGAAGGGCAGAAAACAAAACAGAAAAGAGAGAUAUUUAAGGUCAAGACAACUGCUGAAAAUAUCAAGAGACCUCAUCCAAUUUUAAUCUUAAAUGAGAAACAACAGUAUGGAGAGGCUAUGGUUCUGCACUUACCAACUGAAUUAGCAGGCCAGUAUUAGGUUCUGGUUAAUAGAGCCCUAGGAAUGGAGUCAGGUCAGCUGAACUUGAAUCUUCAUUCUACCACUAACUUAAUAUUAACGUGGAAUUAGCCACAAAUCCUUGGUGUUGCAAGAAGAUCUUUAUUUUUGGGUCUACUAGAGAUUUUUUUUUGUCCUUAAAAAGUGCCCCUGAAGUACACAAGAUGUGUUUCCAUGAUGUGUUCCUCCACUUCCAGCAGUGUAUCAGACAAAAGUAGAAGGCAAAGUGUAUUCCUAAUAGCAAAAUGAGGAAAUGAAAAAAAUCCUCACUACAAUCAGAGAUAUUUUAUUAUUUUGUUCAUCAAUGUGGUUAUAAUAGAAAACAUCAUGAAAAAGCAACUCCAUCUUUUUUAUUCCCACCUAAGUGAAAUAGCGCAGAAAGUACGUCUACCACAUCUCUAAUAGGAUCUUGUAUAAUGUGAAAUUGUAUGGUAGCUGCUCUUAUAAUAAAAUGUUCUCCUUUUAAAAUACUGUCAAUCAAAAGAUUUGCUAAUGAAUAUAGAAAAAAAAAGUAAUCUGGGGGGCCUGGAUGGCUCAGUCAGUUGAGCAUCCAACUUUUGAUUUCAGCUGGAGUGGUGAUCUCAGGGUCCUGAGAUUGAGCCUCCAUGCUCAGUGCAGAGUUUGCUUGGGAUUCUUUCUCUCUCUCUUUCUCUCUCCCUCUGCCCCUCCCCCUGCUCACAUCUGCUCUCUCUAAAUGAAUAAAUAAAUUCUUAAAAAACCCAUUCUUAUCACUGAGGUAUUAGCAUUCUGGAAGGCAAACCAUGACUUGCUAUUGUUUAUGAUUAUGGUUUUGCAGUUUUUAGCAAUUUUUCAAUAAUUAUUGUUAAAAGGUUAUUGGAACAUUGUUUCCUCAUAUGAUGAUUUGUAUCUUUCUCAGUUCCUCUUAAAUAUCCCUCCCUUCUGCUAUUUUUAUUUCCAAACGGGACUUCCAUAUUACUGGAGAGGUAGUUACAGUCAUCCCAUGGUUAUUAACAUGUGGACAGAAAUUGUGUCAAGUUUACUGGAUUUUUCACUUUAAAAUAGUUAACUAUAUGUUAUCUGAAUUUUAUUGUAAUAAAAAAAUGCUGAUC